GUUACCGUCGAAAUAGCAGCGAUGCAGCGGCAGGCGAAAUUUGUUGAAUGCUGGCUCGUGGCAGCAUGAACGCCGUUUGCUGCUUCGACAUUUUGUUUCGCAGGACGAUCUGUGCGACGGUGGCGUGACGCUUGACUGGUAUAGCAGUUCGGGAAAUUGAGAAUCAUGUUCACAGCAGUGUUUGCGGCUGCCUGCUGGCUAAGCGUCUCAGCAGAAACAGUGGAGAUGUCGACCCAUGUAUCGCCCACCCAGGUGACAUCGCAACAGCAUGCCACCACCACUGCAGCGUCAGCUGGAAAUAACGUGACCCGUAAAAGCAACACGACCAUGUUGUUCAACAUCGCAGGCAUGGAACAAGCGAACGGAGUUGUUCUGCGCGCUUUCUACGUGAUCGUUGGCGUGAUGAUGAUCAUCCUUGUGUAUUUCGUCGUUCGAAUUGUGAGGUCAAGGUACAGGCGAAGUAAAACACGGAGGUACGGCAUCAUAGCCAGCCACAGCGCUGAGCUGGAAAUGCAGCCACUGGACCGUGCAGACGAUGAAGAGGAGGAAACAACCCUUUUCGAGGCGAACAAGCGCUGAGCUUUGCAGCUGGAAUGUGGCCAAUGUGUCGUGCGUGCCUGCACUGUUGCAUCUUCCCUUUUGAACAGCUGGCAGGUGGUUCUAAGGUGCUCUUCAGGUGCUUGCCUGGUUUACCAUCUAGUCUUCACACGCCUGUGGUUUCUUUACUACGAGUGUAUGACACUUGUAACACUGCUUUUGUUUUCUCUCUGAAAGGACGUGCAGAGCAUCCUUUGUGUGAUUUUACUAUUGUUCCUUUUUUUUUCUUCACUUAGGCUGAAGUGAAGAUGGCCAAGAAAAGAUAACAUUGCUUUGGACAGACCAUACUUCAGGUUUAUAAAUGUGCAGUCAUAUCAGUAGUUACCUUUGAGGCACACUGAACAGUCUUGUAUGACUGACAUUCUUUUAGAGCAGAUGACACUUUUUUCUGCCUUUUCUCAUCACCCUCCUUCAAACAUCUGUGACACUUUGACCUUGGGUGAAGUGCUGCGUGAUUGCACAUCAUGCGUGCUGAGGGGUGAAUAAUCAGCGGCUGGUAAUAUAGGAUGCUUAUGAUCUUAAGUAUUGUGUUUUUUCCAUAGGUGCUCACUUUUGUCAACUGAGAAAGGUGCAUAUCCUGCAAGAAACUUAGCCUUCUGAGGAGCACUGAGUCAUUGGGUUUAAUGGGUCACUAUUAUGCUUUGCCACUGCAGCAGAUUUGCAUUGUCAGCCAGCUCGUUUGUACAUUCUAGCAUCUUUGCCAUCUGUGUUUAUUAAAGGACAGUCAUGUUUCAAGUUUUGUUUUGUAGGAGUGUAGUUGUGAGCUUGUUGCUCCUUUAAAACUUGAGCUUCAAAUGCUGCCUGGAAAAAGCACUGCAGUGACUCUUAAAAAUCUCUUGCAUUCCUUAGAAACAUGCAGUGUUGUAAGUUUUACGGUGUGACCACAAUUAAGAAUGUGAACCCUGUUUACGAAGUUUUUGUCUUUACAAGUUGCUACAGAGCCCAAAUAAGUGAACAAACGGAACCAUUUAAAACUUUACUGAUUACUGUUUAUUACGUGCCGUGUCUGUAGAAUGUAUAAAGGAGCCGCUUCAUAUCAUAUUAAAUACAGUCAUUGGCUCCACUUUGCAUAUUUAGCCCUUAUUUGGCCGUAGUUCCUCCCUCAAAAUUUCCUUUGGUCUCAGUUUGGCAGAGCACUUGAUGUGCCUGCUUUGCUUUGAUAUAACUUUGUUUCAAAAUCUCGGAGCUUUCACAAUAUCAAGGACUCCUUAGAACAAAAUCGACCUUUGCUUUUAACAUGGAAGUAAAUUUGUGCAUUGUGAUAUUUUGUGCCUACAGGAACCCACCCAUGUAACAACUCUAUGAUGAUAUGAAAGCCUUUGUGUAUGUAUCAGUGAUAUCUAGGUUGCUUUGUAUCACGUAACCACGUGCAGUGGUGUUCUGGUGUUUGCCAGUCACUGACUUCCCUGAUCUGCAAAGAUGGGAUGUCAGCUUACAACAAUCUGACCACAUCUAUCUUUUGUGCUGAAGAAAUGUGACAUAACAACUGUCAUUCAUAUUGCAGUUUAUUCGACGUUUUUUCUGUUACGCUCAUUUUUAACUUGAGGAUGCAACAUUUUUCAGAAGAUCUGACUUUUUCCAGGCUAUAAAACAUCUAAGUAUGCAAAGACAGUCCUUUCAGCCAUAAAUAUUUAUAUAAUGUUACAGAAGGCAUUAUGCAUUAUCUCCAAAAGAAAAACCUGCACAAAUGCACAUUGUUAGGAGCAUGAGAGGGACAAUGUGUAGGACAGGGAAUGCAAAAUAGAUAAUUGAAGAGGGUUAGUGUCCUCUGCCAUGUGCUUUGUGCCUUUCUUUUUUUUUUUUGAUACCAUAGAUAUCGAUGCAACCAGUGUGUCUUGGCUUAUGGAGCUAGAGUCCAUGAUGUAGGAGACACUCCAAGGCAAUUGAUUUCAGGAAUGAAACGGUGCAGAUCGCAUAAACUUGGCUACUGUGUUUUGGUUAGGUGUAUUGGUACACACAUUUUUCAGUUACUUAUUUCGCACCUAGUACCUGCAAGUAGUCAUUUUAGGUAAACGUUAAGAACAUGAGUGACUUCGUUCAAACUGUCUGUGCUCUCCGCUGGCGGAGUGGACUUGUGUAUUUUGAAUGGCUGGCAGAAUCAAGCGACAAAAGGGGUCUUUCUCCCAAAGUGUAGUUCUCGAUUUUUCUUCAUUUUUUUUUUUUUUUUCAUUUUGUGCUGUAGUUCAGCCGUGCACAAUUUUCCUUUAUAUGCACUAUACUGUGUUAGAUGCUGGAAAUAGCAGGUACACCAAACAGAAGACGAAUGUUUGAAAUGUUUCAGGGUUUGUUUUGGUAGGAGUGCUGUGGAAUUAUCCUUCAUGCACAAAAUAAAGGCAUUGUUUUGAUGAGUUCUUUGGUUAA